CAAAAAUUCAUAUCAUGAGCCAUAGAAAUUCAUACACCACAAACAAGAAGUGUAUACUGAAGCAUUUCCCCAUUGUUUAAUUAAUAUUUGCUUAUCUGAGUUUUUCAAAUGUUAUUGAUACCACAGAAAUGGGUACCCAGUCUGAUUCAACUGCAGGUCCACCACCACCAACUGCAAGUCCACCAUCACGAUGGGUCAUAAAAGUGAUCGUCCUAGUCUUCGUGAUAGUCUUCGUGAUAAUCGCCGUUAUCUUAUGCGCUUGGGCCAGGAGAUUGAAACGGGCGAUUGUUUCAGAACUGAAACAAGCCCGUGCUACAAUACCGCCACUGUCCUCGAAUGUGGUUCAAGUUGGGGAAAUGGAUGCGCCCACAAUGGAGACGUUCCUCCAAGACCUGGCAAAGGAAAAACCGGUAAGAUUCACCGCCCAACAGUUACGUAGCUUCACAACCAAUUACUCAGAGGUGUUGGGUUCCGGAGGCUCUGGAGUAGUUUACAAAGGACAAUUCCCGAAUGGAGUCAAGAUUGCGGUAAAGGUCCUGAUCAGAUGGAGCUUACUGGAUAAAAGAGCCGAAAAGCAGUUCAUGGCGGAGGUGAGCACUAUUGGAAGGACUUACCAUAUGAACCUAGUGAGGCUAUACGGUUUUUCCUAUGAUCGCUCAAUGAGUGCGUUAGUUUACGAGUACAUGGAAAAUGGAUCAUUGGAUAAGUACUUGUUUAGUGAUGAUGCACAAGGAAUUGACUGGAAUAAGCUGCAUGAAAUUGCGAUUGGGACGGCGAAAGGUAUAGCUUACCUUCACGAAGAGUGUGAGCAAAGAAUCAUACAUUAUGACAUAAAGCCUGGGAACGUGUUGUUGGAUGCCAAUUUUAACCCUAAGGUGGCGGAUUUCGGCCUUGCAAAGCUUUGCAAUAGAGAAAACACCCAUGACUCUCGCAUGGGAUAUAAAGGGACCCCCGGUUAUUCGGCUCCAGAGUUUCUUCUCCAUAACUUCCCUAUCACUCACAAAUGCGAUGUUUAUAGCUUCGGCAUGCUUUUGUUUGAGAUAGUGGGAAGGAGGAGGAAUGCUAAAAUGCGAUCCACCGACAGCCUGGAUUGGUUCCCCAAACAUGUUUGGGAUGAUUAUGAGAAAGGUGAGCUGGCAACAAUGACAGUGUCGUGUGGAAUAGAAGAGAAGGAUAGAGAGAGAGCACAGAGAAUGGCUAAGGUGGCAUUGUGGUGUGUUCAGGACUCAUCAGAGGCUAGGCCACCGAUGAGUGCCGUGGUGAGAAUGUUGGAAGGAGCCGUGGAGAUCAUGCCACCUCCUAAACCAUUCCUGUUAUCCAUUUUCUGUAUGGAUUAAUGUUCUCAAUCCACCUACUUACACGAUUAUAGUUCAAAAUAUACAACUAAUUCUUAUGUAUGUGUCAAACUGAAAACUAGAUUUCCAUCGUGCUAGAGUCCUACUCUUUAAACAGAGUUUCAAGGCCUGAGAAGAUUAAGUUCAAAGAAUAGAGAAUGACCCCUGGUUAGAGAGAGCAACAAAGAUUGGGCAACCCGUUCAAUCAUUUAUUAGAACUGUUGUAAAAAAAUGAAUAGGAGGCUGUACAUAGAUAUACUAUUAAGAACAUUGAAAGAGAAAAACAGAAAACUUAAGUUUAUCCUUCUUCCGAAAAGCGGAAAAAAAAAAAAGAGGAAACCUUCAAU